AUGGAAAACUUUGGGUCGCCAAAUGGAUAUGGUGGUGACCGGAGAGUAGAGUUUAAUGGGAUCAACCAAGAAACAGCAGUUGAUCAAAUGUAUGUUGCAAGAUCUCGAGGGCAACCUCCUUCUAGAAGAAUUGUAUGCAUGAAAAAACGUAAAUCAUCCUCAAAUAAUUCAGCGUCUUUGAUAUUUUCAGUUAAAUCAUGGUAUAAUAAUUCUGAACAAAAAAGAAAAAGAAGAAUGACAAAAUAUAAGAUAUAUGCCAUGGAAGGCUGCGCGUUAAGUCCUGAGCUAAUCAAACUUGUCAUUUGGCCGAAUGAAGCUCUCUUCGAUCGAAUUGGAAGCAUUCGGUGUACACAGUAA